UAUAAUUUUGUACUUGUCUUUAAUCGAUAUUCGGAUCAUGUACUUAUUACGAUAUAAAAAUAUUUGCAUAUAGUUUAUACAUUAUUGAUAGUUCCAAAGUAGGAUUAUUAUUAUUUUUAAAACAUACUUUCUAUCGUUCUCAUCAAAUAAUGUACCUACUACAAGUUAUCGAAUUUGUAACAAAAUGUCGAGCGACAUUGAGGAUAAAUAUAGUGAAAAAAUUACGAAAGCUAUGCACUCCAGAUUAUUCCCAACAUAGUUCUUUAUCAACAGAAACGUUUUCGAGGCAAAAUUAAUAUACAACACCCCAGAAAACCACAUUAUUUGAGAGCAGUGGUCAACACAUUUAUGACGCCUUUUUAUCCAUCUCAAAAUAAAGGCAAGACAUUAGAAGAACUAUGUCACAAAGCAAUAAAUGCUGCGAAAAAAAAGGAGCUGGAAAAGAUAUCUAAUCCUUACCAAAGAAUACUAGCACGUGAUGUCCGAAACUGGUUUGACAAAUCUAAACUAAUUGCCAUUUGUCAUCGAAAUUCUAUGACACAAGAGGAGAUAUUUGAUUUCCGAGUUGCAUUAAAGAAAGUGAAUAUGGAGUAUAAGCAAUAUAGUUUGACGGUUAUGAAAUUAGCGUUAAGUGAUUCACCUUAUACAGCGACGCUACCGUUGUAUAAAGCAACAUUUUGUAUCAUAUUCGGUUUUGACACAAAUGUCACUGGCUUUCAAAAAAUUGUCAAAAAGUUUCCACAAAUUAUUUUUCUGGCGGGCAUAUUGGAGGGACAAUUGCUAAACAAGGACGAUUUCUUGAGAUACGGCAAAAUGGAUCUUACAACUUCGCGGAUGCAUCUUGUUCAAUUGUUACAGAGUGCAGGCGGUAACAAUUUAAAUCGGCAGCUCACACAUCAUCAAUCCACAUUAGUUGCUCGAUUAAAACAGAUUGGUACAAACGAAACAACUUCCGGUGAGAACGAAGAAUCGGUGCCUGUAUAAUUGCAAAAUAUACAUAUAUAUACUUCUUAUAAUCUCGGUAAUUUAUUAUAUGUCUUAGAUUUAUCUAAAGCUUUAAGUAAA